AUGAUUAUUCCACUCACGACUGCUUUAUUAUUAUUGUCUGUUAGCUCUAUUUUGGGCCUCUGUCCCCAGAAUUGCACUUGUGAAAAUGAGUAUCAGUUAACCGUGAAUUGUAAUAAUGUUAAGUUACAAUAUCUUCCAUCUUUGCUACACCCCGGUACUCAGUCUCUAAGAUUAUCCAAUUGCCAAAUUAAUCAGCUUGAUCCCGAUAUCAUGGAAUUAUAUCCAGAUAUAAUACGUUUGGAUCUGUCCAGUAACAAUAUUUCGGUGAUUGAAAAUGGCGUUUUUCGAUAUCAAGGCAAAACACAACUUUUAAAUUUAAGUAAUAAUAAUUUUCCGGCUAUAUUCCGUAAUAGCUUUCAUGGACUAAAUAAACUACAGUAUCUCGAUUUAUCAUCCGGUAGAUUGCAAGUGAUUGAAUCGAAUGCACUUGAACAUUUAGCAGAGUUACUGGAAUUUGAUCUAUCGUACAAUGCGCUUCAGAAUUUAUCAUUCACAAUAUUUAAUGGUCUAACAAAUUUACAAAAAUUGACAAUUGCCGGAAAUCAGAUUACGUAUCUGGAUAGUUUCAUAGCCAAAACCUUACCUAAUUUGAGAUCUAUUGAUCUGAGUCAUAAUAUGAUUACAGUGAUUGCAUCUGAUGCAUUGCUCGGAUUAAAUUUGAUUAAAACAAUUGAUUUAUCAGCAAAUUUUUUGCAAGAGAUUCCAAUUUUUGGUCAAAAUAAUUUAAUAAACUUAGAAUAUUUGAAUAUGGGUUUUAAUAAGUUAAGAAAAAUUGAGCCACACAGUUUUCGACCGCUUUUAUCAUUACUGAAAUUGGAUUUAACUAAAAAUGAAUUCGCUUUCCUUCCUGCAUUAGCAUUUGAUGGAUUAUAUCGAUUACAACAACUCAAAUUAAAUGAACAACGUUAUCUUAGAGAAAUUCAGAAUGGUGCAUUUUCUGGAUUGGCAUCUUUGGAAGUAUUAGAUUUAAGUUACAGCCAUCUCUUAGAAUACAUUGAUGAGAGUGCUUUUGAAGUAAGCCACGCUUUGCACACUUUCAAUGCCAGCUUCUGCGCUCUAAAAACUUUUUCACCUACUUUAUUUGAUUGGAAAAGAGUGGCUGAACUAUACUUACAUGGUAAUCCACUUCACUGUGAUCAUACAUUGUUAACAUUCCUACCGGAUGUUUUGCGUUUGCGUUCCAUUCAUAAUGUCAUUUGUGCCACUCCACAUGAACUGCACAACGUCAGUAUUUCAUCACUGGAUACUGUAGAAAUAACAGUAGAAGAUGCAAAACGAACUCUUGCUGUCCUCUGUUCCACAUUAACUGCCUUGACUGCAAUUAUCGUAUUGGUGCUUUUCUUGUAUUCGAGAAUAACUCCAAUUAAUGAUCAAAUCAGGAAAUCGAAAUCUAAGCAACAUUGGUGUCGAAAUUUGUCUGAUAGAAGAGAAUGCAUCUUUCCGGAAUAUUAUAAUUCGGUUAUCGAAUUCAAUAGUUCAGCAUCUAGAAGAGAUAAUGAGAACAAACUGAUUUUACUUAUUUAUCUACUAAGUGAAUUUCACAAGAAAUAUUACAAUCUUCGAUUCUCAAUGGGAUAA